UCGCGGCGGUUUCACCAGCGCCUGGUUUCACUCGUUUCACCCACCAAGUGAGCCAAUAUGUGGCGACCCUAGCGGCGCCUUUCGUAAAACGUUUUUCAUUCACUCUCGUCGGGCCUAGUAAGCCAGGGGGGGGAAGGUUUCGGUUUUGUGGUGUUUUUAUCGCGGUACCUUCGCGACCCCGUGUGAAAACUCCGCAGGCUCGCUGGCUGGGCUCCAGGAAGAAAGCCGACGAAGAACCAACGUGCGUCCGCAUCAGCAGCGCUCCUUUCUUCUUCUUUCUUUUUCAAUCCGGCCAGACAGCCGACGACGAUCGGCUUCGCACGAAGCCCAGCCGCCCCGUAGGACACUCGCUGGACAGCGCGGCGACUCACGACACAGCAGCCACCGCUUGAGACGUCGCGAUCGUCGUCUCCCGAGACUCGGAAGAGCAUCUGUCGACUUCAGCUACGCUAUGAGGGACACUCGGCUACCAGAGCGUCGGUUAUUCUCGCCACCAGCGCAGCGAAACCACUGAGCGGUCGGUCCGCGAGGAAGGAAGUGGUGACGAAGUGGCUUGCUGCUUACUGGAGCCCGGCGCGAGAGGCCCCAAAGAGAGCGAUGAUUCUUUUAAAGGCCUGAGCACCUGAAGCCAGCAUGUACGACUCGCCAGCAUCCCUGCAAGAAUGCUGCAUCGACUUCAUCUGUGAUAACAUUGAUGCCAUAUGCGAGGUCCAGACAGAUGAGCAGCAGCAGGCGGUGCGGUACUCGUUCCGCGACCCGGACGUGUUCUUCCACCGGGAGGUGUCACAGCAGGUGCUCGAGACGCUCAGCGUGCGCGGCCUGCUCAACGACAGCAUCCUGACCCUGUUCGAUGCGCGCUCCACCCGUCUACAGAGGGUGCGCAUACACAAUGCUGCCAACGUCACCACCAAGGGUCUACGAGUGCUGCGCUCGCACAAGCUGACUGAGCUGGAGGCCACCGGCCUUAGCCGGGUGACGGUCAACGACCUGAUCGGCUGCCUGGGCGACUGGUCGCUGGCCCACCUGCGCCUGCUCAACGUGGCGCGCACGGCCUUCACCAGCUCCAAGUUCUGUGUCGUGGUGGCGCUGUCUAAGCUGCGCGGACUCACCUCCCUCAACGUCAGCGGCACCGAGUUCAACCGCCACGGCCUUGACAUUGUGGCCCAGGACUUGCCCCUCCUCGAGGCGCUCGACAUCUCGGGAACGCGCAUCAAGGACAUCUCGCCUCUUCUUCGCUGCCGGGACCGCCUGCGGUCGCUUAGCAUGUACAACCUAAAGAGCUGCGGUGGCGAGGAGGCGGUGUUGUGCCAGCUGCAGCGGCUGCAGCACCUGGACGUCUCGGACGACCGAGACCACCCGCUUGACCUGCUGCACCCGCUGCGGCACGACGUCUCGUGGCUGCUGCGUGACCCCCGCCGCUUCCCGCACCUGGUCUCGCUGGACCUGUCCGGCAAGGACGGACUCACAGUUGAAGCUCUCAGGAAUUUCCUGGAGGCCCACCCAAAGAUGACCUUCCUGGGCCUAGUGCAGACGGACGCCUGCUUUGACGAUUUCUUCACUCGAGAACUCCCCGCUCAUUCUGACCUUGUGAUAACCGGAUGCGCCGAUGAGCGGCAGAUCCUGGAAGCCCUGCGAAGGUACCCCGAUCGGCCGUACUAUGUACAGAAGUCACUCUACUACCUCUACCAGUACACGUUAACUUACUCGCAGCCGCGGGUCGACGUAAUCAAGCUGAUCUUGCCAGGCAUGGCGGAGCACCCGCGCGUGCUGGCCAUCCAGAUGGCGGCCACGGCCUGCCUCUACAACCUGUCCAAGGGCACCCUUGGGCAGAAGGUGCACCCGCGGUGGCUCCGGCAGAUUGUCGAUCUCACCCUCAGCGCCAUGGAGAACUUCCCCCGGAACCAGCAGCUCCAGAAGAACACGCUGCUCACUCUGUGCAGCGACCGGAUCCUUCAGGAUGUGACGUUUGACCGGUACCACUGCGCUCGGCUCGUGAUGGACUCGCUGCUGGCCUUUGACGACCCAUCCAUGAACCGGAUGUCAGUUGCCAUCUGUUCCAUCCUUGCUGCCAAGAUCUCCACUUCAGAGACAUCAUCCCUGGGUGCUAAGCCAGAGUACAUGGAACGCCUACUGCGAAUUGUCAAGAGCAAGCUGUACGCUGGUGAAGUGGACAUCAUGAUGAAGUUCACGCUCAGUGCCCUUUGGAACCUUACAGAUGAGUCGCCCAAGACGUGCUCCGUGUUUCUGUCCAAGGGAGGCAUGGAACUUUUCUUGAACGUUCUCGAGCUGUUCCUUGGGGAAAGCGCCGUUGAAACCAAGGUCCUUGGUCUUGUGAACAACAUCGCCGAGGUGCCCAGCUUGCGGAGUGACCUCAUGAAGGACAACCUCAUGCGAAUCUUGCGGAACUUGCUGCACUCGAGCCAGAUCGACGUGAGCUACUUUGCAGCCGGCAUCGUGGCUCACCUGGCUAGCGACGGGCCCGAGCACUGGAACGUUGAAUGCGUCAGCCUGAAGGACAUGCUCAAGGAGCUGGGUGAAGUGGUGCAAAGCUGGAAGAGUCCGGACACUGAAAUGGUUGCUUACAGGUCGUUCAACCCGUUCUUCCCAUUGCUGCGCUGCUACACUGCGUACGAGGUGCAGCUGUGGGCGGUCUGGGCCAUGCACCACGUCUGCUCCAAGAACCCCAAGCGCUACUGCAGCAUGCUGCGGGAGGAAGGGGGCAUCGACGUGCUCCAAGGCAUGCUGGACAACCCAGACACCAACCCAGCUGUUGCUAUCAUCUGUCAGAACAUAGUGGCCGUUGUGCAGAGCCAAGAGAAGCUUGCGGCAGCCGCGGGCGUGGCGGCAGCGGCCGCCAUGACCGCAACCGGAGCCGCCACAACGCUACCAGACAUCUUUCAAUGACAGCGGCGCCCGCACUGGGAGUGUCGUUCUGCAUCUAGGUCAAUUCAUUAAUUUCUGCACCGUGGCACCGCGGUGUGCCUGUUUUAUCCAACCCGAGACUGUUGCAGUCUUUUGACCACUGACUGUCUUUUAGACUUUCUGGUGGCAGACACUCGGUCACUGCGGUUUCUCCUGUGUGUGUCGGUCUGGCGUCUCAUAGCUUCCGCAGCUGUGGUCAUGCAUAUUGUGCAGCCUGGAGAAUGCCAGUCUGGGGGCUGCCGGUUGCCCGAUGGCUUGGGGCGGCCAGUGUGGUCAAUGCCAGUUUUGUGUUACCGUGUCCCUAAAGACCAAAAGUGCAGCAACUUCUGGGCCAGUCCUACUAGCUUUGAGUUUCUCAGUCCUUGCAUACUUUCAAUGUAGGUCAGUGCAUUUGUUGGUCAUUGACUUGGCACUCUCACAGUUGUUCUGCAGGCUGAGUUGGGCAUCACAUGAUCAAAUCGGUAAGUCUAGGUGCCAUUAAUUCUGUGCCCCACUACCGCGGUGAUCAUUAAAAUGGCAGCCGUCAGCCCCUUGACUUCAGGGUCGUGUGACCGUUGCUCCCUUUUGACUGCCAGUCUUUUACUGCUUAUGAGAGAGUUACGCCAUGGCCGGCACUUUCAAAAAGUGAAGUCCUGAAACUCACACAGUUGUUUUCGGUUCUUGUUCUGUUGUUGUUUCUCCGUGCGAUAAGUAACAGCGUCGCAGUGUUCUCCCGCUGAGUGGUCCCACGCCAUUACUACAUUCCCCAUCAGUGAGUCAUUAGUUCAUCUUUCAGAGCACUUUGUGUGAAGUGGUUCAGUGUUGGAGAUUGGUGUGAUCGCAGUUUGCUAGUGUAGCCUCACAAAGUGUGCAUUCGGGGGGUGCACAUACCCACAGAAACCAGCACGUGCGUUGGCGUGUGCCUGACUGUGUGUUCGAAGCUUGUUCAGAGUUUGCUUAAGUGAGCGUGAGCAAAGACAUUGUUUCGAGACGGCCUUUGCGGCUGAAGUAGAAGCUCGGUUGGGAAGUUGAAAUGUGGCAAUUUAAAGGGGAGAGAUGGAGAAAAAAGAAAAGAAAAAAAGAACAAGGCUGCAGCAUUUUUCGGAUCCCGUAAUUAGCCGGAAACCUCCGGAGCUGCCAUUUCUAGCAUUCGCUUGCAUCUUUUAGCCCGUGCAGGGAGGAACGCCACGCAUUCGUUUGCUGGUGAUGCAGAUGCAUACAUUGUUGAACAAGAUGGGACAGACACGUGGGAAAAGAGAAUUUGGACUGGCGUGACGUGAGUAGGAACGUCGGCAGCCGUACGGUAUGUUGGGCGAGUUGGUGUGGGUCCAUUCUUGUGCAAUGGCACCACAGAAAACCAUGACAUGGAAAGGAAGAUGCCGUGAAUAUAAGUGUCACUCUCAACUCUAGCUUUAAUCAGAACCAAAGAGUAUACGUAACAACAUGUGGUCAUGCAAAGGGAUGUUGUGGUGGAAUUGCGUGAAAAAUUCUUUUUCACACAAUGCAGCUGAUAGAUGACUGACGCAUUUCUUUCUUUUUUUUUACUUUCUGACUUUGCCAAGCCUUGGUGAUCUCUCGUGCCGUCUGGUCACGAUGCUUGGUCAAAACUUGAGCUUGAUAAAACGCUGGCAAACAGUCACACAAAGAUAAAAAGAUAACUGCAUCAAUGAUUCAUCACUUGCUUUGUAAAGGAAAUAAUUUGCUUUUGAAUUGCUAACAUUGCCUUGCAUAACCACAUGUUGCCUAUACCUUGGCCUUUUUUGAUUAAAGCUUGAGUUGAGAGUAGUGCUUACGUUCCCUUGUAUUCUGUUGAGUCUUGCGUUUUUCUACGGUGCCAUUGCCCAAAAAUAAACAUCACUGUAUUUGCGAGCUCAAAGCAUGCUCGAGAAAUUCAAAGUUUUAGUCGUUCAAAGUCUUAUAAAGUCAACUGGGAGCCCAGGUUGUGCGAGGAUUUUAAUUUGCAGUGCAGCUUCAUGGUAAUUAUACAAUAAUAUGCAUUGCCGUGGAGUGGUGUCAUGCUUAGAACAGAUAGGUCGUCAUGCUAGGUCGUUUUUAUGGAGAUCUGAAUAUCAUUGUACGCAGGGGUACUUGUGUGGGUUUUAAGCCAGGAUUUCAGAUUUUUUUUUCUACUGAGAGUUUUAUUUAUUUAUUUCAAUACCCUAAAGACGCAGAAGGCAUUACAUGAAAGAAAUAAAAAAAGGACGGGGCGAGGAGAGACAGAAUAUUAUGUGAUCAGUGGACACAGGAAGCUUAUAAAGAACUGAAAUUUGGCCAAGUUUGUAAGAAUUCAUUCUUAAAGUGCAAAAAACCAGGACACAAGAAGGAAGACCAAACAGGACAAGCACUCGUCCUGUCUGGUCUGCCUUUUUGUGUCUUAACUUUUUUGCGCUUUAAGUCUAGUAUGAAGUUUAUAUAAGUUACACAGUGUAGGGAUAUCAACAAUGAACAAGUUGUAUCUGGUACUGUGUGCCAUAUGAACCUUACAAUUGCAUUUGGAAGUACUUGCAUGUGGGGUCAAAGUAUCCCAAAUCUAGUUUCUCAGGCGAUUUUCUUUGCCAGAUUUAAAUUUGUGGGUUUGUUAGGAAAAAAACUGAACAUUUGUCUUUUGGGAAAGAUUGCUUCUACCUCAGCAGGCUUUCUCACUGCACCUCCUUGAGUUGCAAGGUGGACGGCCUUGUAUUUUGUGGUAGACUGUAAAAUACUUGGUACAGUGAGAACUUCGCCAUGACGAAGUCACAUACAACACGAUAACGGUAAGCACAUAUUCGUUACACGCUGAUAUUGACACGAUGAUGAUGUGGGACGUGCAGGAGGCUAGAAACUUCUCGAACUACCUUUGUUCUCAACCAGAAUAAAUGCAUAACAUACCGGAAGCUGAAAGUACACAAACGACCUGUGAUUUGAAGUAACAUCAGCUCUCUACAUUGUAGUUCUGACGUGAAAUAGGGAAUUCAGUAGACUAUGUCACUGAUCAAAAGCCACUUCAGAAAGAAGCAUGAAAAAUGAUUCCUAUGAUAAAGUUUUGCAUUAAAAUUGCUUGAGAAUAAUUUGGCACCUCCGUUGGAAUGAUGGGUACUAGAUGGCUUUUUCUGUGAUUCAGCACAGCUCCGCUGAGAGAGCAACCUGCAGCCGUCUUUUAUUGUUCUUCGUUGUUUAGCUGUUUUGGGCGCUAGUCAUUCAACAUUUCUUUAGAGCAGCAGAGUAAUUUACUUUGACAACUACCGUAUAAACUCAUGUAAGGGCCUCACCCUCAACUUGGCAGCCCAAAAUUUUGAAAAAUUCCAUUCGUGAAGCAAUCGCAUUCGAUGCCCCGAUUCCACAUGCACGCAUCGGCGAAUUUUCAUGCCCUGCGUUCUUCCACGUGCCACUUAUAGACGGUGAGAGCUGCGCGCUGACCUCUGAUGCAGUGGUACAUCCAGGGAUCCGGCACCAUUUUGACCAAAAGGUUUGGUCCCGUGCAAGGACUGCACCUCGUCAAAAUUGUGAAAAAAAAAAAGGGAGGCCCUCACACGAGCCUAUACGGUAGUUCAUUAUGGGACGUAAAUUUGGUUGCAUAAGUAGGUCUCGACACUCCUGAAUGUGUCAGUAGGUCUGGAUGGCUUUUGGGCAGUGACAGUCACCCCGGGCGAAUAUUUUAGACGUUUUAAAAUGUUUUUACUCGUAAUGUAUUGAAAACAGUACCAUGGUAGGAGCUAGUGGGUAAAAUGAGGCUAAUUACUGCCAUAUAUCAAAUUUCAAAUGUCAAUAUUAGGUUGAAACAAGAUACCAGAAGGUUGUCAGAAGCCAGAAAGACGAGGGUUUAGGCAAAUCUAUGUACAGUUGAGCCUAGAUAUAACGAACCUACAUGUUACAAAGUGAAUCUAAAGUCUUUUGCGCCGAUAUCGGCAUGUAACGCAUACGUAGUUAUAACGAAUAUCGGAUAUAACGAAGAUAUUGUGUUGGAUGCGGCCACAUUAUAACGAGGUUCGACUGUGCUGCCAGUUAUUACCAUGCUGCAUGAAGUGCUGUAACGCCGCCACUUGCGUACACUAGCAGCAGAUUUGCCACUGGUAAUUUUGGUACGAAGCCGCAUGAUUUGUGCAGCUACUACUUGUCACAGAUUUCUGUGAUACUACUGGUGUAGCUUCUACUGCAAGUGCGAAGCAUAUGUAAAGUUCUGACCAAGUUAGGCCAACACUUCAGUGUUUAAAAUAAUCAUCGGGGCUGGUGUAUCAAACUGAAAACCAAUUUGCUAUCGUAUGCGUCUGCACAGCUCUGGCGUGCAACAUCUAAUGUUCAUGUUGCAAUGCACUGAAUACAACUGAUAGCCACGGAAGGACACAUAAGGUGUAAACUGUAUUGUGUCCUUCUAAGUUGUCAGUUGUGCUUGGUGCAUUACAAGACCAGUCGCCACGAACUAGCCUAAUUUCCUGCGAUCCAAUGUUUGUAAGGAGCUGUCAAGGGGGCACUAGGUGUGCCCACAAAAUCACAGAAUGUCUUGAGCUGAUACUUCGUUACAUUGUAGUAGCUUUUGUGGGGUUCCUAGCUAGUUCAUUUAACAAGGCAGGCAUAGUCUGUGGCCGAACGACUUCUGUUAGGUUCUGCAAAAUCAGCUUCAGAACAUCCAGGAAAACUGUAAUAGGGAGAGGGGAAGCGGCAUUAGAAACUUGCAGCUUUUUAUGAAAGAGUGUCUGAACAAACGUCUUUAGAAACUUUACUCGUACUAAGCUUGGCGAGCUCUUUUCAGAAGUGUAGUCUGUGCUUUCGAGCAGUGUAGAAAAACUUUUUUUGGCAGACUUCCAAGCUUGCUGGCAUGUGCUUCAAGACUGAAACGAUCUGAGAUAGAAUAAAAUGGCUAACUAUGUUUUAGGUAAUCAUAAACGGCAACAUCCACACUUGUGUGGAUGUUUAAAUGAGCGUUGUAUUGAAAAUGUGCCAACUUUUUGUUUUGAGUAGCUUGGUGAGCAGCAUGGUGCAUUCGAGCCUUUCUCUGUGGCGUUACUGUUCAGAGACAACCGUUGUAAAAAGUUACCAUAAUGUGUUUUACGGUAACUCAAAAAUUCUGUUAUCGGGAUUGCAAAGAGAACAAUCUUGUUAACCAGGUUUGUUCGAGGGACGGGGAAAGAAAGCGUGAUGCGUCUCUAUGGUAGCCAGUGUCUGUUCAUUGUUGUAGGUGUCUCAUCUCAAUUUGAUGCCUAUAUUCUGUUCGAAUGGAACUCUGCUGUUAAGGUGGGCCAUGUAUUGCCCACUUUUGGGUAAUUUUAGCUUUAAGCUCAGUGAACCUACGUCUCGGUUGCUUCAUCGUUCAAAACUGCGGCUGCAUCAGAGACACAGUUGUGACGAUUGUGAAGCGUGUUUUAAAUUGUGCCCAUGCUUGUGUCUGAACCAAUGUGGGAUACGUAAUUACUCAAUCGGAUGAAAUCCUGUGGUAUACUUAGAGCAAGAGGUUGGGUAGGUGGGCUAGUUCGUAAUGCAUUAUUAUAAAAACUUGGAGUGCUAAAAACACACAGGACGUAGAAAAAGAAACACACAAUGUGCACUGUAAUGUGUGUUUCUUUUUCUAUGUCCUGUGUGUUUUCAGCACUCGAAGUUUUUAUAAUAAUACGUAGUGUAGCCUGGAGGCUGAUAAUGUGGUUUCAUAUUGGUGGUCUAAUUUAGUGGAGCAGUGCACGAAUCUAACUGCAGUCCAUGGCGAUGUAAUGCAGACAGCUUGCUGGGCAUCUUGUUGUUAGGUGAAUAGUGUUCUUCAUGACUAGUGCAAGGUUCCUUUGUGCAUAGCCAUCCUGGCGUGUCCCCUCUACCAUCUCUGGAGACAAUCACUCGGCCCUCGUACUUUUGAAAUUGUGAUUUUCACUGUUGGCACUGGUUACUGAUAUGCUUAAUGACAGGUUAGGUUUCAGUGAUUGCACAGUGUUAAGCUGGCAUUUGUGGCCGUUUGGCACCUGGGACAACGGUUCUAAUAGCCAAUGUGAUUGGCUGUUUGUUGACUUAGUGCAGUUGGUGAGCUGGAGUAUAAGGAUUUGUUACUGAAAGUUUGUUGGAAGCUGGACGGCAGGAUUGUAUUGGAAUGGUGAAUGGUAUGCAUACACAAAUACAUCAAAGUACACAUGGCUGCAUUUUGUGGAUUUUCCCCCUAGGGGCAAACGCUCCCUGCCCAUUUGGCACACAAUGCAUGACAUUGCGAAAAAUUAUGUAGAACAAAUUUAAUUGUGAACUAAUCAGUGCAUCUGUUCCGACAAAAUGACUGACUAGUGUCUUGACAUAAAAUGUGGGCACUUACGGCAUCAUGUCCAUUGUUGCUGCAAGCUAUAAAAGGGUAUUGAAAUACUUGAAAGGUAUUAAAAUUGUGGAACGCUGUUGCUGGCUCUCACAACAAAAGAAUGUACGUAGAGUAGUGGACAAAACGUACCCAUCCCGUGGGAUAUUAUUGAAGAAAGUAUUAACUGAUAGCUUUUUAAACAUGUAACAACUUUCGCAAAAAUGUGGCAACACAUCUUUUUGUUUGCCCCUGUAUUUGCAUUGCAGCCACUCUUGUGAAAGCCACUCUGUUCACUCUUGUGAAAAAGCAGUAAGAUUAUAAACUUCACGUCUAGUGGGUCUCUUAGGAAGGUGGCGCGUGCCUUUAACCACCACCGAAACUCGUUACGUAAAUCUUGAGGGACAGCGCUCCGUCAUUUGCUGCCCUUGCAGCCGCCACGCAUUGAGCAGUUUGACUGUUGUGUGGACUGUUUUGUUGUUUUCCUCUUGCAAAGCCCUUCAGGAAGUCUCAAUCUUUUUGUUGCUAAAAAAAAAAAGUGCCAUUGCGUCUUUCUUUUUCCUGGAACUUUUUCCCGGACCGUCUUUCUUUUUCCCGGACCUUUUUCCUGGUCUUUCUUUUUCCUGGACCUUUCUCCUGGUCUUUCUUUUUCCCGGACCUUUCUCCUGGUCUUUCUUUUUCCUGGACCUUUCUCCUGGUCUUUCUUUUUCCCGGACCUUUCUCCUGGUCUUUCUUUUUCCUGGACCAUGCCAACAAUGUCUGCAAGGCAGACACUGUUGCCAUGGGUGCUGCUUGAGGCCAAUGCCCACCACUAAGCUACACCACUAAGAAAGCAGGCUUUAGCCCCAAUGUGCUUGCUGUUUUGCCACUGCUGCAGUCUGGGACAAGCACUGCACUUGUCUGCGCUGCGCAGCAGGAAGUUGUGUCGCAGAGCCAGCUGCAUCUUCCUAUGUCAACACAGUGUGGCUGAAGCUCGAUAUGAGCACGCCUGCUUACUGAUAGUUAAGCACAACUGUGCAUGCAUAAAUGGCUGCCAAAGUGCCAGUGCAGGUACUGUAAUGUUGAAGCGAAAUUAUGUUUUGCAUGCAUGCCAUCACUGGCCCCUUUUAUGCGCGUUGCCUGCGCUUGAACACCAUUUCGAUGUGAGGACACGUGCAGAGCUUCCCGUUCACGCAGUUUAGUACCGUGAUUGAGAAACACCAAUAAGCACUUUUCGGCUGGAUUUGGCUGGACAUUGACAUUGCACGCAGCAGGUUGUGAGCGAGUUUAUGACCCGCAUGGUGCAAGCAGCACUCGGGUUAUACUUAAUUUUACUCCACAAGUUGAGCCAAACUUUCUUAAGUCCAGACUCGCCCGCCAGUGUAUGUACGAAGUAUUGCGUGUACUGUAAGCCUGACCUACAUGAAGAGGCCUGGCGUUGAUUUGACGUGGCAUCCGGCCUGGAGAGCACCGGGGGUGCACGCACAUUCUUGUUGCCAUUUUCAGCUGCAAUGCCCAUCACAAUACGACGUCACCUUAUCACUUGCGCUGUAGGCUUCGUUGUCACAGCUGUGCCACUUGGCGUCUGCAGGUAUGCCGGUUCAGAAACCAGCUUUCGUUGGGAGGGAUUCUAGCACUGCUGCCUAACUCCCAUCAGGACCCCCCCUCCCUACCCCCCCAAAAAAAGAGGUGCAGGGAGCUAGUUCUUAUAGUCCCUGUGGGCACUACAGCUGGCAUUGCCUUUUCCAGAAAGGUCUACUGUGUGGCACAAGCCUCGGCAGCACAUGCUAGUAGUGGUUACUUUGCAAAUUCUUACGAAUAUCACGAGUAAUUUGUUAGUCCAGUGAUCAUGCUGUGCAAUUGUGUUGUGUGUCUGCUGCUUGUGUAUGGAUCGCUGCGGCCCUUUUCUUUCCUUACAUAGCCUUACGUGGCUACUUGCUGGUUAUAUCGCUCUUGAAAACACGCUGUUAAUGAGAUCAGUUGUGGCCAUUGUUCGUGGUGUCGUGCUUUGCUGGCGCACUGUACAUUAGGAUGCUUCACCGAGCCAGCAGAAUGGUACGGUUGCUGGUUUCACAGUGUCUCACCUGAUGAUACACGUUGCAGAUAAAUGUCUGAGUGCCAGUCGUGGUGCAGAUUGCCAGACAGAGUUGUGAUAACGUAGAGUUGCUUUGUGGAUUCCUCUGUUUACAGUGUGGCGGAUUGGCAUUUCGUGCACGCGGCCUGUUGUGCUUGAAUUGUGUUCUUUGAGCUUACCCCGUGUUGUAAUUAUGCUGGAAAUCUGGUUCAUGAAAAAGUGUUCAGCUUGCGCGCUUGCCAGUUGCCAUUCACAGCAGGUCUUGUUCAACUGUCCUUUUGUUGUGUUAAGCAUCAGAAAGGGGCUUAAACGCCUGAAUUUUGCUCUGGAUUGAUGGCACCAUUUGGACUGGUCUUGUCUUUGCUGUCAUGCUAUUUGCCCUGUGACAUUUGGGGCUCACAAUCAAGUGUAUUUAUUCACUCACUGCUUUUAGCAAUGCAGUCAUGAUUCUUUCAGAGUGUUGUCGUGUUGCCUCCGAAUUUCCAGCUGCUGAUUGUCGUUACUGGUUACGUGAGCUCCACUCGACAGACAGAUUCUUGUUUAUUUGCAAUAGACGUAACCCUUACAGCUGUCACUUGCCGAGGAGUACUUCAGUUUUUAGUCCUAGCGAGUGUGCGGCAACCGUUGCCGGCUUGAGUGUGCUCGACAUCCCGACGUGCCCCUAGCGUGAGCAGUGUAUGUAAGGGGCACGGGCAUUUGAAGCCCAACUUAAUUUACUUGUCAUCUAAUUGUUGCAACCCAAGUGGAAAUAUAACUAAUUUUUAAAUGCGUGUGGUAGUGCUGGAAAGAUGGGAUGAGAAAGAAGAGACACACAAAAACUCUUGUGUCCGACCCUCUCUUUCCACAUCUUGUUUUUAGCACUGUCACCCGUCUUUAAAAUUGAAUCUCAACCAAUUAGCCCAAUUUGCUGCAUUGAAAAUAACUGGCAACUUUAGCUGGAUUAUUGGCCAUUUAUCAGCCAACAGCUGUUGGUCUGUGCUUCUUUCUUAUCAUUUGGAUGGUUACAAAGUUCAGAUAGGACUGUUGAGUGGCAGUUAAGCAUUCUCUUCCCCUGAACAGGCUUGAUAUACCUUGAAAAGUAUUGUGCAACUUUGAGACUCACAGUAACUGUUUAAGCUUAGAAACUUUCUGCACUGUCUGGCUGCAGUUAAAACUUUGCAAUUUGUUUGAAGUUAUGCUGAUGACCCAUUACUGUGCCACGGGCACUACAGAAGCUUUACCAAGGCAUGUACGUCAAGCCUCGCUGGUGAAAAUUUGUCAUUGUGCACCGUAAGCGGCGAUUUAAUUAACAAAUGUAAUCGACAGCACUGUAUGCAGCAGAGGUCUGAACUAUGGUGUCAGGUCGCUGUCAAGAUCUGAACUCGCUCCCAGUUUCACGGGAACCGCUUGUAGUUUUUGCCAUAGUUGAAUGUUCUGAUCUGUCAUUUUUAAUUGUUUUAAAGUUUACAAGGGGCACUUUGACAUGUUUGUUUGUGUGCAGCUAAAACGAGAAUUCCCUUAAAAGUGAGAGGAAGUUUCCCUCAAGCAAUUUCUUUGCCGAGGGACACUACAUAGGACACAUCUGAACAUUAACCCCCCUUUCGUAAUUUCCUUUUUUUUUUGCAGCAUGGUGCUGCUUUAUAAAGAAAUCCCGAGCCUAGCGUAAUACUCAGCAACACAGCCCUACAUAAUAGUAGUGUAAGAGGAAACUGAAAUUCACUGCAACAGGAGGAAACGUGGUGCAUGAAUGGAUGUUGAUAUUAAGAUGACAUAGUCACACUUAGCUUUUAUUUCUACAUACCAUAUUUUUUAAGUUCUGGAAGGUGCCCAAGUUCUUUCACACCUCCUUUAAUUGAAGCUUUGCACAAUUUGGACGAAUCUUGAAUUUCUUGCCGAAGUCUACCCAAUCAAAAAACAACUGUACUGAAAUUGGCAGCAGUCAUGUUCGUGGUGACUAAAAAGUAGUGUGACAUAGGGCGUCGGGUUUUGAUAAACUGAAAACUCUGUUCAAGUUGACGGUUUACUAUUUUAAUGUCCGGGACAUUCUUAAGAGUUCUGCAAUAUGCUCCUCAGUUAAACCAUAUUUCUGUCAUUCUUAAGAAGAGCUAAGCAAAGUUGGAGUUGAGGAUGUAUGUAUCCUAUGUGACGGCUAUCUGCAGCCUGUUAGUAGUGCUACUCGCAUGCUGAAAAUCUUGCCUCAGUGUUUCAGUGACAGUGCAAUAUUUGUGCAGUCAUGCCAUUGCAGAAACAGGAAGAAAGCUGGCGAAGUCAAAAGAGUGUUGAAAUUCUCCACUAAUUGAGUAUGCGCAGAGAGCACGCAGAAGAGAUCACUGGUUAGCCCAACACCUCUUGCAUGUGUUCAAAAAAAAAAAAAAAGGUCACCAAUCCCUCCCGGUAUGUUUCAAGCUGUUGCUGUGUGAUUAACACAAUGAUAUCGCAGUUUAGUUAGCACGCACUGCAGAGCUCGUUGACACCACAGUUGCACAUGGCCAACAACCACAAGUGCUGUAUUCUGUAAGUGUCCGCCUAGUGGACGUGUCCAUUUUGUCUGCUGCUGAAGUGCUGAUUGGCUGGACUGCCUGUCUCUGUCUGAUGCAUACCUCAGCCCAGCAAAUCAGAACUUCAGCGCAGAUGAAGCUGACAUGUCCACUAGGUGGACAUUUACGGAAUACCCCACCAGAUGUGUGCCGCUUGGGUUGCGACAGACAUCAAUUUUGUCAUGUUUUUUGGGAUGCGACUGCCUUGGUUAAAUGCUCACGCAUGGGUUGCCGACAGCCAGGUUUCUCCCAUUGCCACAGCGUCCGUGGCAGCCACUGAAAUGACAAAACCUUGACUGCGAGUGAAAAAAAGAAAUAUAUAUAUAUAUAUAUAUUUUCUCGUUUGUGUGGCUGAGUUGUAACAUUGCACUGGCCUGCCUGGCCAGGAGGUGAAGCGAAUGUGCCAGAGCAGCGGGCAUGGAGACGCUGGUGUUCUUUACUUCUGUCUCACCCUUGAUAAGUUUGUUGUAUCGAAUGACUGCGAUUGGUGAAGUUGUGCUGUUGUGAAAAACCAUUGUGAUAACCCUCAGUCGAUUGUUGCCGACUGUUUGUUUCUUUUUCCUUUGUUGUUUCUUUUGCUUUGUGACAUAGCAGGUGAUGCAGAGUCUGUUGCUGUUGUUUGAAGAGACUUCUAUAUAUAUAAUAUAAAUCUAUAUGUAUACAUA